AUGUUACGGACAAAUCGACAACCCAAAAUCUCCAAGGGAGGCAACUAUCCAACGCCCGCCAGUCGCAGUAUUCCGAAAUCUGGUGGAAUAACCAAUACUACUGCUAGCACACAAUCACCACAUAAGCCUAGUUGGACUCUGGGCCGGAUUGUCUAUUGGAUUUGCAUGGCCAUGAUUAGCAAACGAAUAUUGGACAAUGCGAUCUUUCUUGGAACGACUUCCUUCUCCAAUAAUACUCCUCGUCCGUCAAUGCCAAUCAACUCCUCCUCCUCCUCCUUGCGAACACCACCACCACCACCACCACCACCCAAAAAUAAUAAUGAUAACCCACCAGCGCCAACACCCACGAUUAUUACCACUCCCAACAAGGCGGCUUUAGCAGUAGCUACUGACAGCAAGUCGACCAUGGUACAACCUGUGGCAAAAACGCAGAAGGUGCAAACAGCAGCCAGAGACCUUCAAAAACAAGUCAAGGAAAAGGAAUCUCCUGGUGACGACGACGACGACGAAGAUGGAGACGAAGAUGAUGACAAGGACGAGAAAAAGGAUGAAGAGGAAUCUCCACCUGCUUUUGAUCCUGCCCGUUGGAUGGUCGAAUUUGAAGCUCCAAAAGACGAAGCCACCGAACGCAAGAUUUGUUUUGUCACCUGCAGCUAUGCCACUUCGGCCAGCGAUAUGGAUCCCUUGGUGGUGGUCAAGAAUCACAAUCCAAAGUAUGUUCGGUUCUUUCUCUUUUCGAAUUUAAAUGAUGAAGAAUGGCACACUCCCGGUUGGACCAAAAUUGUCACCCAUUACAACUACACUCGUGUCAUUACGCACUCCCGUUAUGGCAAAUUCAUGGGAUGGAAAUAUCCUGAAAUUGCCGACAAUUGCGAAGCCGUCUUUUACAUUGAUUCCGUGCUAAAACCUUCGUCCAACAAGUCGUAUUGGGACACCAUUGCGACUUACAUGAUGAAUGACAAUUACGAUCAAGUCAUGGCGCACAAGAAUUUGUAUACACCAGAAGAAAUCAAAAAUAUCAUUACCAACAAUGCCACCAAUAGGGGCAAUCUCACGAAAUACCUCAUGAAUGCGACGGGAUUCAUGCAACACCAUCAUCCGCGGAAUCGAACAGGCAUUUACAAUGAAAUUCAAGCCAUUCAAUGGGCCAAGAAGGAUUUCAAAAAGAAUGUCAAGGCGUUGAUGAAUUGGUUCCGGAAUCAACCCGAAGGGUUUGAUUGGUAUACACCCGUCUAUUUGUGUCAAUCCUUUGGAUACAAUCCCCAUUCCAAAGUCUUUCAAUUGAUUGCCGAAUCCUUUUGGGAACAUUAUUCGUUGGAAAUCGAUUCCUGGCGGGAUCAGCCAUUGUGGUCGUUCAUGCUGCGGAGGUAUCUGGUACGGCCCACCAUUUUUCCCUACCCACAAGAAACCUUGUGGAAGGAAUUGGAAUUGGAGAAUUUUGGACAUGGGAAUCACGAAUAUUUAUCCGAAGCCGAUGUCAAAAUGUGA